GACAUGGCAACUUUGUACGCGUCUACGAUUUGUUUCUGAAAAGGUCGUCGAUGACUUUGCGAUUAUACAAAAUUACAAAGAAAAAGUAUAGCAAUUAUAGUGUCCUUUUAUAACAGAUAUUUUAGUUAUAAAUAUAUACAUCAUGGCCGGUGCAAUGUUAUUCGAGAGGUCGCGCGUCUCCUCAGCAAACAGAGAGGAAGACGUACGCAUGACAGACAAAAUGGUCAGCACUGGCGAGGUCCCCGAAGAUGACGAAGAAAACAUACGUGCAAAAGAACAAGGCAUCUUGAAUCUCGGGGAGAAAUAUAAGAAGGAAGGCAAAGCAAAGGAACUCGCAGAAUUAAUAAAAGCUACACGACCAUUCCUUAGCCUUAUAAGUAAGGCUAAAGCGGCAAAAUUGGUACGCUCACUGGUAGACUUCUUUUUGGACUUGGAAGCGGGCAUCGGUAUUGAAGUGCAGCUGUGCAAAGAAUGUAUAGAAUGGGCAAAAGAAGAGCGCAGAACGUUCCUGAGGCAAUCUCUGGAAGCCCGGCUCGUCGCGUUAUACUACGACACAGGUAUGUACACAGAAGCGUUGGACCUGGCCACCGCUCUGCUCAGGGAAUUAAAGAAGUUAGAUGACAAAAAUUUGCUCGUUGAAGUUUUGUUGUUGGAAAGUAAAACCUAUCAUGCCCUGAGUAACUUGCCUAAAGCUAGAGCCUCGUUGACAUCGGCCAGGACCACCGCCAACGCUAUUUACUGUCCCCCCAAAGGUGCAGACAGUCCAAAAGCUCUCACUGCCCUUAAAUAUAUGUUGUUGUCUAAAAUUAUGCUCAACCAGGCAGAGGAAGUUGGUACUAUCUGUGGUAGCAAAGCUGCUUUGAAGUAUGCAGGUAAAGAGAUGGAAGCAAUGCGUGCUGUGGCUACCGCAUCACAUAAAAGAUCAUUAGCAGAUUUCCAAGCGGCCUUAAAAACUUACAAACCUGAACUGGAGGAAGAUGCAGUUGUCCGUGCACAUUUGGGGGCUUUGUAUGAUACAAUGUUGGAGCAGAAUUUGUGUCGUAUAGUUGAGCCUUAUAUGAGAGUGCAAGUGGAACAUGUUGCUCGCUCAAUCCGUCUACCUGUAGUACAAGUUGAAAAGAAACUGUCCCAAAUGAUUCUGGAUAAGAAACUCAAUGGUAUCCUGGACCAAGGGGAGGGUGUACUGAUAGUGUAUGACGAGUCACCGCUGGAGAAGACUUACGAAACAGUACUGGAGACCAUUCAUCACAUGAGCAAGGUAGUUGACACAUUGUACCAGAAAGCAAAGAAGCUAUCAUAGGCCUCUGUAUAUUGUUGUAGCUUUUAAAAUAUAUAUCAAAGUGAAUUUCUUU